AUCUAUUGAACAAAGUUUGUUGCAUGAUUAGUACCUUUCCACCUAAGGUGGUGUGAUGCUUGUUUAAACAUCAGACGAUCGUCUAUACUUAAUACUUUGUUUACCUCUUUUAGUGGUAUCUAUAUAAUAUUCGAAUACAUUUUAAAACUUAUUAUUUCAUUCAAGAAAUAAAAAUAUGGCGUCUGGGGAUACUGCUGUUGCUGAAUCCACUUCUACAAAAUUGUACACGAAGAAUGAAGUGAAAACACACACGGACAGCAGUGAUGUGUGGAUUAUUAUUAAUAAUAGCGUUUACGACUUAACUUCAUUUUUGAAUAAGCAUCCAGGUGGAGAAGAAGUUCUUUUGGAACACGCUGGCCGUGAUGGCACAGAAGCUUUUGAAGAUAUCGGACACUCUAGCGAUGCGAGAGAAAUGAUGGUCUCAUAUAAGAUCGGAGAACUUGUAGAAGCAGAAAGAGCUACUGGAACUGCAAGUGGAUUGUCCAAAGAUGACAAUUCCAGAACUAAAAAUAUGGCGUCUGGGGAUGCUGCUGUUGCUGAAUCCACUUCUACAAAAUUGUACACGAGGAAUGAAGUUAAAACACACACGGACAGCAGUGAUGUGUGGAUUAUUAUUAAUAAUAGCGUUUACGACUUAACUUCAUUUAUGAAUAAGCAUCCAGGCGGAGAAGAAGUUCUUUUGGAACAUGCUGGCCGUGAUGGCACAGAAGCUUUUGAAGAUAUCGGACACUCUAGUGAUGCAAGAGAAAUGAUGGUCCCAUAUAAGAUUGGAGAACUUGUAGAAGCAGAAAGAACGAAUGGAACUGCAAGUGGAAUGUCCGAAGAUGACAAUUCCAGUCGGUGCUGCAUCGUGAUGUGAUGAUUGGCAAUUGCAGUGGUUCUUGGAGGUCGUGGCUGAUUCCUAUUGCACUUGGGGUUCUGGCGACGCUUGUCUACCGUUAUUUUAUCAAAGCACAUUAAAUCAUUCCUAAUUACUAUUUUGUAAUUUGUAUUGUACAUAAAUAAUUGUUAUAAAUAAUUAAUGGGCGGAUAUUACAAAUAUGCACAUUAUUACAAUUUUUUUACAACAUGAAAUUGCACAUACAAACUGGCCUAACAUAAAGCCAACAAAAGAAGAAAGUUCAUUGAAACUAAAAGACAUACGUACAUUCAGUUUCACAUAUAUAUGGAAUACUAAUAUGAAAUGACAUUUAAAGUUGGUUAAUAUCCUUAAAUUUUAAUAAUAAAUGAACAUACACUGCAAAGGCAGUAAGUCUAGCUUCUUCAAUGUAUCGCGAAUAAUUGCAUUUUACAGAUCAAAUUUAUUAAACGUUUAUUGUAAAUUUAUGUGUAUAAUGAAAAUAAACUACUUUUUGUUAUGUUUUA